GCUGACAAGUGAAAUUAAUCAAAUGAUCGUGUUUUUAACAUUUAUAAGGGAAACUCUUGGAAAUGUUUUUGCUUGGUGUCACUUCAAUCGUCUGAGGUUUGCUGACUAAGAUGUCAGUGAUAUCAGUGGUUGUGGGCUGGAACAUGUAUAUAUACACUUGCAUUGCAGACUGACGUUCAUUUUCAGUUUCCUGUGUUUAGAUGCAGGACACUGAUUAAGAUACACUUACUGCAAUAAUAAUGAAGUCUCUGCAAAGCAUCUUCUUGUUGUUGGUGGUUCUUUGUUUCUGCAACCUUGUUGCAAGUGCAGAUGUGAGCAAAUAUAAAGGUGACAAUUACACCAUUACAUGUCCUGCACCUAAAACAGAAGCGCUGGGUGUGUAUCUGUACAGCCGACGUUCGGUCAAGCGUGAAGUCUUCUACUAUUAUUUCAAACCGGACAAAUUAACUCUGCAUAAGGACUACGAAGAUCAUGUUAAAGUCAAAAAUGACAAGAAGACUCUAACUAUAGACAUCUUUAAUCUACGACCUGAAGACUCUGGGGCUUACUGGUGCACCUGUGUUCUUCUCUCUGGUGUAUGUACAAUGGAAGAGUCAGGAGUUUUUCUUUUGGUUCAAGAUCCGCCAGAGAUCAUUUCGGCCUCUUCCAAAAGUCCUACAAAGUCCAAUGGCAUGAAUGACUUACUGAUACCAGUGACGGCUUUGACAGCUGGCAGUGUGCUCCUACUGUUACUCCUUGUGCUAGGAGUGUGGCUGGUGCCCAAGAUGAAGAAAGUGUUUAGAAGUAAGAGAGAAGAAGAGAAAAGGUCUGCCAAUGGAGUGUACGAGGUGAUGACCAUUCCCCGAAAGACAUGAGACAUCCACAUAAAUAACAAAGCUAUUUGACAACCAUAUAAUUUCCUGUUGCUUAGUAAAUGUAGUUCCAUGGUCAGUGCAUGAACAAUAUAUUCAGUGUGAUUUCUGUAUCAUAUUAUACAUGUUGCUGUGACUCAUUCAGACCUUCUUUAUUGAGUUCAAUCUGAUCUGAGGUUGGUUUUCUGACAAAUUUCUUUUGAAAUAUUGUAACACAUUCAAAGAUUCAGGGAAAUUGGUUCCUCUCUUCUAAAUGUCUUUAUUUUAUGGUUUUACUAAAUUCUCUUCUUAUAUUCUAUGUAAAUAAGAGUUAUUUUUGUGUAUUUUUUCAGCUUUGCAUGAUAGUUAAAAUCCUUUAGCAUUAAUUGAGAGAUUCAUUUUGGGCAUCCUAUGUUUUGAUUCUCUUUCUAUGCAUUUGUGGGUUCUAAAUAUACAUAUAUUUGUAUCUUGUGACUUGUGUAAUGCAAUCCACUUUGGAUGUUGUCCUUAAACGUAUAUAUAUGUAAAUAUUUCGAUAACCUCGAUGUAUAUCUUCAGUAAUACACACUUAAGUGUUUACAGAAAUAAUGGCAAAUGUAUGUCACACUGACAAAACAGGAUUUGAAAAUGUC